GGACAUUACAGCAUCAUCUACAACAGGAGACGGCCUCCACCCUGAACGGGAUGUGACUUUUCUCGUAGCCAGCUGCUCUUUCUACGAUCACGUGCUUCACCUGUGGAGGUGGGACUGGACUGCACCGGAUGCUUGCUCCUGAUGACGGUUUCAUCCUAUCCACCCCGUCUAAUAAACCACCAGACAUGGAGGAUGACAAGGAAGAGGAAAGCUGCAUUUUAUAUCCGGCUCCUUUUGGAAGCGAGAUGAAGACCAGGAUGCAGCAGAUGAUAGAAGAACAAACACAAGCCAAUAUGUGGACGCUUGUCGUGAUUGGAGCAGCGAUGCUGGUUUCUCUGAUCGGAGGUGUGCUGUUCCUUCUGUACAGAAGAUACAAACCGUCAAAGGAGCAGGAUGGAAUUCCACAUUAUCGUUUUCGGAAAAGAGACAAGGUCAUGUUUUACGGACGGAAGAUAAUGAGACAGGUUCAGACAUUGUCUUCCCCGCCGUCUACCAACUCCACUUCCCGGCAGAGAGUACGGAAAAGGACCAAAGUCUUGUCCAUAGCUCGCAAGAUCCUACGUAUCCGCAGGGAGCCUCCCUCUUUGCAGCCCAAGGAGCCUCCUCCCUGUCUUCUGGAAGCUGACUUGACAGAGUUUGAUGUGCAAAGCUCACACCUCCCGUCGGAAGUGCUGUACAUGCUGAAAAAUGUCAGGGUACUGGGACACUUUGAGAAGCCUCUCUUCCUGGAGUUGUGCCGUCACAUGGUACUGAUCCAGUUGCAUGAGGGAGAGGCACUGUUCCGCCCAGGAGAAACCGAUGACAGUAUUUAUGUGGUUCAAGAUGGCCGCCUGGAGCUGUGCAUCCGUGAGAGUGAUGGCACGGAUGCUGUGGUGAAAGAAGUCUUACAAGGAGACAGUGUCCACAGUUUGCUGAGUAUCUUGGACAUAAUCACCGGCUACCCAGCUCCGUACAAGACGGUGUCCGCCAGGGCUGCUGUCCCGUCCACCGUCCUGCGUCUUCCAGCGGCGGCAUUUCAGUCUGUCUUUGACAAAUAUCCUGAAACGCUGGUCCGUGUUGUCCAGAUCAUCAUGGUGCGCCUCCAGAGAGUCACCUUCCUCGCUUUGCACAACUACCUUGGCCUCACCACGGAACUCUUCAACACGGACAGUCAAGCCAUCUCUCUGGUGUCAGUAGCUAAUGUGUUGGGAGAGGUUCAUCCCCACAGAGGCUUCCGCAGGCAGCCCUCCCACUCUGAUGAGUUGGCUUGUGAUAAAACCGAUCCAGAAAAGAGCAUCCUCUCUGACACGCCAAGUUCAAAAUACAAGAAGUCUCGCUCUCUCUCUACACCAACGGCUCUUUCAGGUGAAAUGUGGCUGGAUUUGAACAGAGUUUACGAACGUGCUAGAAUUGCUACGGAUGAAGUCGGUGGUCCUGUGAAGUCAAUUCUGAAGAAGAGCGUAACAAUGCAGCAGACUCCUUCUGCAGUCCAUCACUAUGGUGACGCCGGAGGCGGGAAAGACCACCAUAAUAAAGUCAACGCCAUUUUCCAAGCCGCCAAAAAGGACCUGCUACAAGUCAUUCAGCUGCAGGAUCCCAGUCUCCUGGAGGGCCGGGUGACUCUUCGCCAAGUGAAAGCCAAUUCUGUUGUGGCCCACCAAGGAGACCAGGACGUGAGCGUGGCAUUUGUCAUUUCAGGUUUGCUCCACGUUUACCAGCGCGUCAUCGACCGAGAGGAGGAGACACUGCUUUUUGUCACCCACCCGGGUGAGAUGGUUGGUCACCUUGCUGUGCUCACAGGGGAACCUCUUAUCUUCAGCGUUCACGCUCACAGAGACUGCACCUUCUUGUCCAUAUCGAAGGCUCACUUUUACGAGAUCAUGCGUGAGGAGCCGAGGGUGGUGUUGAACGUCGCUCACACUGUGGUGAGGAGAGUGUCGCCUUUUGUCAGGCAGAUUGACUUUGCUUUGGACUGGAUGGCUGUGGAGGCUGGCCGUGCUGUGUACAGGCAGGGAGACAAGUCUGAUAGCACCUUCAUCGUCCUCAGUGGCCGACUGCGCUCUGUCAUCGCAAAGGAUGAUGGGAAGAAGGAACUUGCAGGAGAGUACGGUCGGGGGGAUUUCAUUGGUGUGGUCGAGGCUCUGACCCGCAUGAACCGAGCCACGACGGUCCACGCCGUCAGGGACUCCGAGCUGGCCAAGCUGCCUGAAGGAGCUCUCAAGUCCAUUAAAAGGAGGUACCCUCAGGUCGUCACCAGGCUCAUUCAUCUGCUGGGGCAGAAGAUCUUGGGCAACAUGCAGCAGGUCAAUGGACCCCUGGCUGCUCAAAGUUUGGCCCUCCACACCACCAACAGUAAAUGGGAUGCCGGGAAUCCUGCGGCCAACCUUUCCACUGUGACCAUCCUUCCCGUGUCUGACGACGUUCCUCUCACCGCCUUCACUUUGGAGCUGCAACAUGCGCUCAGUGGCAUCGGGCCAACUCUCCUGCUGACAAGUGACAUCAUUAAACAGCGCCUGGGCUCAGCUGCUUUGGACAGUGUCCACGAGUACCGGUUGUCCAGUUGGCUCGGCCAGCAGGAAGACAUCCACCGCAUCGUCCUCUACCAGUCGGAUUGUGGUCUCACGCCGUGGACACAGCGCUGCAUCCGACAGGCUGAUUGCAUCAUCAUCGUGGGGCUGGGAGAAAACGAGCCCACCGUGGGAGAGUUGGAGCGAAUGUUGGAGAGCAGUGCUGUUCGAGCCCAGAAGCAGCUGGUUCUGCUGCACAAGGAGGACGGUCCUCCACCCAAAGGGACGACUGAGUGGCUGAACAUGCGGAGCUGGAUCUCCCGACACCAUCACCUCUCCUGCCCUCGCAGAGUGUUCUCAAAGAGGAGCUUACCUAAGCUGAGAGAGCUGUAUCAACGUUUGUUCCAAAAGUGUCCAGAUCGUCACUCAGACUUCUCACGCUUGGCCAGAAUUCUAACUGGAAACUGCAUUGCUCUCGUGCUGGGUGGAGGGGGGGCCAGGGGUUGCUCCCAGGUUGGCAUUAUUCGUGCACUGAACGAGGCAGGGAUCCCUGUGGACAUUGUGGGCGGCACCUCCAUCGGUUCCUUCAUGGGAGCGUUGUACGCUGAGGAGAAGAACAACAGUCGAAUGAGAGUUCGGGCCCGCCAAUGGGCCAUGGAUAUGACAUCUGUCUUUAAGAAGAUUGUGGACCUGACCUACCCUGUCACUUCCAUGUUUUCUGGGGCUUCCUUCAACUCUGGCAUUAGAUCUGUUUUCAAAGGCAAGCAGAUCGAGGACUUGUGGCUACCGUACUUCAACAUUACGACAGAUAUCACAGCUUCCUCCAUGAGAGUUCACACCGAUGGGUCACUGUGGCGGUACAUCCGAGCCAGUAUGUCACUGUCUGGUUACUUGCCCCCUCUCUGCGACCCCAAAGACGGACACCUCCUGAUGGAUGGGGGUUACAUCAACAAUCUGCCCGCUGAUGUGGCUCGCUCCAUGGGGGCCAAAGUUGUGAUCGCUAUCGAUGUUGGGAGUCGGGAUGAAACCAACCUGACCAACUAUGGUGACUCCCUGAAUGGCUGGUGGCUUCUUUGGAAGCGAUUUAACCCUCUAGCUGAGAAAGUCAAGGUACUGAAUAUGGCCGACAUCCAAACACGCCUGGCUUACGUCUGCUGUGUCCGACAACUGCAACUGGUCAAAGACAGCGAGUACUGCGAGUACAUCCGCCCCCCCAUUGACCAUUAUGGAACGCUGGAGUUUGGAAAGUUUGAUGAAAUCGCUGAGGUGGGCUACCAGCACGGCAAGACGCUGUUUGAUGUUUGGCAGCGCAGUGGAGUAGUGGGGAGCAUGUUGAAAGACACACAUCAGGACCACUUCCACAAGACCAAAAGUAGUCAUGUGGUCACCUGUCCAAACGCUUCCUUCACUGACCUGGCAGAGAUCGUAUCAAGGAUCGAACCCGUCCAGACUGCCCCAAAUGAAGAGGACCUCUCAGAAGAAUGCCAGACAGACUAUGAUGACGACGCUGUAGAAAAGGUUCUGUCUGACUUGGAGACGUUCAUGGCUGGCAGUGAACACACGGAUGGAGAAGAAACGGAUGAGGAAAUUCAAACCAGAAUGCGAAACCGGACAAGGUUUUCCCCAGAAAGUUGAUAGGAUUAAAAUCCAUCCAAAAGCACUAACCGGUCCUGCCAUCUUGGGUGAUACAUUUAUAGCAAAGAAGAAGAGUACAUUUCAUAAAUCUGGCAAAUAUUUACUGAAACAACAAUUUAGAAAACAAUUUGUUUUGUAUGAUGGGAGAGAAAUAGAAUGAUAUUUUUGAAUAGUUUCAUGCAUUUACUAUUUAUUUCUUUUCUGUAAACACUCUCUGCCUUCGUGUCACACAAUUCUACCACAAGUAAGAUUCCUUUUAAUAAGGGCAUAGACUAUUUAUUAUAUCGUAUGCGUAUUAUAUAUAAUACGUAUUAUCGUAUUAUAUCGUAUGCGUCUCAUAUCUUGCACAUCGAAUCAGCAUCUGUUUUAUACAUUUCAAACAUCUUUUCGUGCAAAAGAUGUGUUUGCAACACUUGAAUAUUAUGGGUAUGAAGUAGGGGUGUAGAAGAUGUGAUUUAUCAUUCAGAAAAUAAUUUCUCCUGGGAUAUAAUAAUUAAUCACACAAUAAGUGAAAAUGAACUGAAUAAUUUUGCCAACCUUAAUAUAUUGCCAUGUGUGUGUUGUCCUUGCCCCCCCCUUCAAACAGGCAGCGUAUUGGUUAUAGCACCUUGGCAAAUUUGAUCCAUAGAUCCAUAAUCAAUAGGCAUGAACAGUCUAUUUGUCUCGGUGGGUGGAGGCAAGGUCGGUGCAAUAUAUUGCCAUACAGUAUAUAUAUAUAUUUUUUUAAUUUUUCACUUUCGCCUCUUGUGAACUGAGUGACACCCUUAGUAUUAAGUGAGGAUUAUUGAGUAUCUAUCUAGUGUAUUUCUACAGCUGCAUUACAAUGCUAUGUGUUAUGUUCAUAUAAAUUUUAUGUGUGCAGUUCUAAAAUAUACGUUGACUACAUAUUAUUUUGCCAAUGACUUCAUUUCAGGAAGUGACUCAUAUAUGGUCCCAGCAUGUGUUUGAUGUGUUAUUGGCAUGUAGUUUUUUUUCAUAAUAUAUGACAGAUGAUGCUGUAUGUACAAAUCAUGAUAAAUAUUUGUGUCGAAAUUAGAUGUUUUUAUCUGGGAAAGCUCUCAAUUGACUGUUCGAUCUACAUUCCUACCCUCGCCUAUGAUGAUUAGAUGUAGGUCGCGACUCUUAGGGCUUAGGGAUGAGAAGCACUAUCACCUGGGAGAACUUCAAAUAGUAUUGUUUUGGAUUACUGUGUGGUGCAGUUACAUUGCGUGUUUAGGUUGAAUGCAUGCAGUCAGCCUAUUUACAUUAAAGCCCUAUGCCAUACCUGGUAAAUGUAUUCUCUGUGAAUACAUCCUUAUAAAAAGCUGAAAAAAUGCAUCUCAUAGUCGCUUUGGUAGGACGAAAGUUCUCAUCAAGCACCCAUGAGUCAAUAAAACUCAUGUUUAGCGGGUGAAUCACUCCUUGUUCAUUGUUUACUAUUUAUUUUGUUAAUUAUGUGUAAUUAAUUCCUUAUUUGAAGUUUCUGUUAUUUUUUUUUUUUUUAUAAAAU